AUGACUAAGUAUUUAACUUCUGAAGAGACAAAAGGUUCUAAUAUUGGUUUGGUACCUCACACAGACAAAGGAACUAUUUCCUUCAUAUGUGACAAUGGAGUUCAAGGUCUGCAGUUGCUAUCGAAAACCGGCAAUUGGGUUGACAUAAAUAUUCCUCCUAAUGGCUUUGUGGUAGUUGUUGGUGAUAUAUUGCAGGCAUGGAGUAAUGGGAGACUUGAGGCGGCCACACACAGAGUGGUGGCAAAGGAUGAAGAGAGAUUUGUAUUUAUAUUUUUUGCUGUGCCAAGGGAAGGCUUGAUCAUUAAGGGGCCAUCUGAACUUGUGGAUAAUGAAAACUACCCUAAACGCUACCGUCUGUUUAACUAUGAUGAGUAUGUUAAUUAUCAUCAUUCAAUUGGAUCACAAGAGGCUCCAAUGGGAAAAUUUGCUGGAAUUUGA